UUCCCUAGUGUUGACCCGUAAACAAGACCUAACCACACUCUGCUCUGAGCUCUGACAUUUGUAUAAAAAUAAUUUUAAAAGAAAUGGUGAGGAAACGGACGAGAACAUCUAAACCAAGAAGGAAUUCGAGGAAGGCUUACGAAAGUGACGAGAAUGAUAGCGAUAUCGAUUUAGAUUUGGACAGUCCCCCUUCGUCGCCGGCGCCGAAACGCUAUGGCCUCAGACAGAGGAAACAACCUGUAUUAUUCGAAGACUUCGACUACGAAGACGACGACGAAGUCGCAGUCCAAAAACGGACGUCCGACGACGACGAUUAUCAAGUAGAAGUCGAUUUGCAAGAGGGUAUUGCUACGAAACAUACCGUAUCUAGACGGCCAAGCCGAGAACACAACUCACUAGAAAGUAGUUCAUGUUAUAAAACAGAAUCGGAAACUGACGAAAUAUCACUGGAAAACGGCCUGAUCGACUUCGAAGAUGUGAUCAGGGCCGAUGUGGUAGUUAAUAAACAAAGAGUCGAUUAUGACAAUUUAAUAAACAAAACAGAAAUUCAAGUUGUUGAAUCGUUACCAGCACCACCUAUCAAAGCAAGGAGAGGAAGGAAGCCAAAACCCAAACCCGAUCCAGCAGAAGUUAAAAAUGAAAUAUCCAGUGAAGAGCCUCUUAGUCCUCUGAACCAAGUCCCAGCGGAAGAUUCAGGGGAUCAAGACAAUCACACAACAAAUUUAGAAGUACAAAUAGACCCCUCUAGCCUAGUUCAGUGUGAUUCAGAUGAUAAUGAGCCAUUAUCUAAGCUAAACGGAGUCAUAUCUCUAGAUAAUAACACUCACAAGGCGUUAGACAAAGAAAAUUCAGAGACCGUAACUGAAAACGGGGUUAUUACACCUGCUCCAUCGUGGAUAGACAAAAUAGAGAAGUACGUUCCGCCAGAAUUGGAUGAAAAGGAUAAGGAAGUGAUGUUGAGUAACGAGUAUCUUCUUGCAAACACUUUUGAUGUGGGUGCGGACGAAUUUUUACAAAAACAGGAAGAAAAGAAAGACCAAGUAGAGGAAGAGGAAGAGCAUAUUCCUGUUAUGUGUUUUGAUGACGAUGAUGGUGAUGAUAGUAGUGAUGAUGUGGUUAUUAUCGAAAAGAAACCGGAAGUUGUUAUAAUAUUAGAUGAUGAUUGAGAGAGUGUGCAUGGAGUGGCUGCGCGUAAAAACAUUUUUAAGUAAUACUUUCUGUAACGGUUUAGUUUUUGUGAUAAUGUUGAUGCACUGAGACCAUCUAAAAGAAGUUUUAUUUUUUUUUUAGAGUUGUAUAGUUGUAAUCACUAUAUUCUCUCCAAGUGGAAUGUGUAGACACUGUCAAAAUUCUGUAAUUUUAGUAUUUAUUUUAAGUUUUUUUUUUGUUUUUAAUUAUAAUUUUUAUAGAAUUGUAACUAUAAAAAAUGUGUAUAAAACUAAAAAUCUUUCAUAAUAGGUAUUUAGUCAGUUUCUUGAAUUUUGGAUUAUUACAUGCCCUUAUUAUAAGUACAUAUUCUAUUUUAUAAUAAAAUUCAUCAAUAAUUCUUUACCUGUAUUUCACUAAUUUGUUUCUAAUUGUUUUUUUAUUUAUGCUGUCAUUUUUUGUUCUGUGCUGUCUGUACUACUUGAUAAUAGUGAAAUUUUUCUAUUGUGAAUAGAUAUUUUUAGGUUUGGUUUUGAUGUUUUAGAAGAGAUAAAGAAUUCUGGAAAAAUUCUUAUCAAUUAUUGUUAUGGAGAAGCAUUUAUGCAAUAAAUGGAGAUCAAAAAUAUUGGUAAUUUUUAAGAAACGGAUAUCUUCUCAUUUUCUCAUUUAAAUCAACAAUAACUGUAUAAAACAUGAAAUUUUGUGAUUGAUAGUUUUAAAGAUAUUUUGGAAAUAUGUCAAACUUUGAUGAAUUUUUGCCUGGGUGUAAGGUCAAAAAAUGAAAAAUGAUCUUAAGUAUUUUUUUCAAAUAAAAUUGUAUUAA